AUGGCGGCGCCGGCGGUGAAGCGGCUGAGAGUGUGGGAGCUGCGGCGGGAGCUGCAGCGUCGCGGCCUGGACUCCCGCGGCCUGAGGGGAGACCUGGCCCGGAGGCUCCGGGACGUCCUGGACGCCGAGAUGCUGCAGGACGAGGACCCCGGGACCACCGCCGCCCAGCAACAACAACACGACGACGGCGAGGAGGAGGACGAGGAGGCGCUGCUCGGGCCUGAGGAGGGCGAGGAAGAGGAGGAGGAGGGCGAUGCCCGGGCGGGGCGGCGGCGGCCACUAGCCUCCCCCGAGGGGGCGGCCAUUGCAGCUCCCCGAAAUCCUGUGGAGGACGACGACGACGAGGAGGAGGAUGAGGAGGCGCUGCUCGGGUCUGAGGAGGAGGAAGAAGAUGGGAUGGUGGGCGUGAUCCCAGUCGAGGCCCAGGCGGGGCGGAGGCCACUAGAGUCCCCCGAGGGGGCGGCCAUUGCAGCUCCCCGAAAACCUGUGGAGGACGAUGAGGAGGAUGAGGAGGCGCUGCUCGGGUCUGAGGAGGAAGAAGAAGGGAUGGUGGUGGUGAUCCCAGUCGAGGCCCAGGCGGGGCGGCGGCCACUAAAGUCCCCCGAGGGGGCGGCCAUUGCAGCUCCCCGAAAACCUGUGGAGGACGACGACGACGAGGAGGAGGAUGUUGAGGAGGAGGCGCUGCUCGGGCCUGAGGAGGAAGAAGAAGGGAUGGUGGUGACCCCAGUCGUGACCCAGGCGGGGCGGCGACCGCUAAAGACCCCGAAGGGGGCGGCCAUUGCUGCCCCCGGGAAAUCUGUGGACGACGACGACGAGGAGGAGGAUGAGGAGGCGCUGCUCGGGUCUGAGGAGGAAGAGGAAGGGGUGGGGGUGGUGAUCCCAGUCGAGGCCCAGGUUGGGCGGCGACCACUAAAGUCCCCGAAGGGGGCGGCCAUUGCAGCUCUUGGAAAACCGGAGGACAAGGAGGAGGAGACGUCCAGCACAGUGGCGGGGGCCCGCCGGGUCAACGGGGCCGAGCAGGGAGAGCCCAGGCCUGAGGAGGCCUCCAGCCCCGGGCGGCAGCAGCAUCAUCGUCGUCAUCCCGGCUCGGAGCCAACGGGCGAAAACCCCGGGCGGCAGGAGGACGACGACAAGGAGGAGGUGGAACAAGGCAACAACCAGGAUAGCGAGAAGUCCAAGCCCACGGGCCCGGACGGAGAACAGCGUGGGGUGAAAAGGCAGCGCGACGGGAAGGGCGACGAGAAGGAGGAGCACGGCCGGGCCUACUACGAGUUCCUAGAGGAGGCUUACCAAAGUCGCUCCAAGUCUCCACCGCCGCCAGAGGAAGAGACAAAAGACGACGAGGAGGAUCAGACGCUCGUAAACCUGGACACGUAUACCUCGGAUCUCCAUUUUCAAGUGAGCAAGGAUCGCUACGGGGGACAGCCGCUAUUCUCAGAGAAAUUCCCCACCCUUUGGUCUGGGGCCAGGAGCACAUACGGAGUGACGAAGGGGAAAAUCUGUUUCGAGGCCAAGGUCACCCAGAACCUUCAGCUGAAGGAGGGCUGCACGGAGACCUCUCUCUUUCGAGUCGGGUGGUCCGUCGACUUCUCCCGGCCCCAGCUUGGUGAGGACGAGCUCUCUUUCGGCUACGACGGACGAGGCCUGAAGGCAGAGAACGGGCGGUUUGAGAAGUUUGGCCAGACCUUCGGAGAGCACGACGUCAUCGGCUGCUUUGCCAGUUUUGAAAGCGACGAAGUGGAACUGUCCUUCCGGAAGAACGGCGAAGACCUGGGGGUGGCCUUCCGGGUGAGCAAGGAUUCCCUGGGCGCUCGGGCCCUCCUGCCCCACGUGCUCUGCAAGAACUGUGUGGUGGAACUCAACUUUGGUCAGAAGGAAGAGCCCUUCUUCCCUCCGGCGGAGGGGUUUGCGUUCAUCCAGGCGGUGCCCGUCGAGGAGCGUGUGCGCGCCCCGCUGCCGCCCAAGACGGCGGAGGAAUGUGAGGUGCUGCUGAUGGUGGGGCUGCCCGGGACUGGAAAGACUCGGUGGGCCCUGGAGCACGCCCGGGGGAACCCCGAGAAACGAUACAACGUCCUGGGAGCCGAGACGGUGCUCAGGCAGAUGAGGACGAGGGGCCCCGGGGAGCCCGAGCUGGAUUCCGAAGGGCGGGACAUUUUAGUCCAGCAAGCCUCCCAGUGCCUCAGCAAGCUGGUCCGGAUCGCCUCCCGCACAAAGAGGAACUUCAUUCUCGAUCAGUGCAAUGUGUACGACUCCGGCCAGCGGCGGAAACUGCUGCCGUUCCGGGCGUUUUCCCGCAAAGCGGUGGUGAUCGUCCCUGACGAAGAGGCCUGGAAGAAGAGGCUGCAGCUGAGGAAGGAGGUGGAGGGAGAUGAUGUGCCCCCGGCUGUAAUGCUGGAAAUGAAAGCCAACUUCUCCGUGCCGCAGAAGUGCAAAUACGUGGAGGAGGUGAUUUUUGGGGAGCUGGCGCGGGAGGCAGCCCAGCCGCUGGUCACCAAGUACAGAGCCGAGGCGCGGAAGCUGCUCCCUCCCACCGAGGAGAAGCGGACCGACCGCCCCAACAAGCCCAACCGCCACAACCGCCCCCGCGGCCAAGGAUACGCGGGCGGGCAGCACCGAGGCCACGCCAGCCGAGCCUACGGGCAGCAGUCCUGGGGCCAGCCUGGAAACAGAGGGGGUCAUCACAAUUUCUACAACCGAUACCAAGGAGACUACGAUCGAUUCUGCGGGCGGGACUGCGAUUACAACAGAUCCAGGGAUUACUACGGACAGUAUAACCGGCAGCAGUGGCAGAACUACUACCAGGACAGAGACCGCUACUACAGGAACUACUACGGUUACCGAGCGUAUCGGUGAAGCCCCCGCCGUCCUCGCUCGUCCGCCGCGCAGCGAGUCUCGGGGUGGGUGCCUGCCAGCCCCCCCAAGACACGACCAACGGGAAACGGGGGCCGUCGGGAUGGGGAUGCGGGGGAAAAGAAAGACAACCACCACCCCCCGUACGUUUUUUUUUUUCUUACAAGUUUGUGGCCAAAAAAACACUUGCCUUAUUCUAUAAAACCUUUCAAAGUUCUAGCUGUUUGUAAUCUAGAGUGCGGCGCUUACACGGCCGCCUGCCCCGACGCCCUGUAAUCGGGCAGGGAAAAGGCCGAGAAACGGCACCCUCCCGACGUGCUCAUCCUGGAUGAAGGCAGGGAGGAGUCACGAGGUGCGGUGAAAAUAAACGACGGGCUCUCUCUCUCGUCA